AUGCACAAUCCGGUUGCGGAAAAUCCCGCAACCGCACCCCGAGCUUGGUACCCAUGCACCAAAUUUCUCAAUCCCCAAACCUCACCUCCCCCUUCCCUCAAACCACCUUUGCAAAUCCCACAGUCCCUACCUACCUCCUCCUCCAUCACCACCAUGCCCCGCCCAAUGUGCCGCCCCUUCACCCAGCGCCUCGGCGCCUCCGCCCGCCUCACCCCUACACCGCGCACCCUCUUCCGCAGCCCAGCGGCGCGCCGCUUCGCGUCGGGGGAGUCGGGACCGAAUCCCAACCCGGGACAGAGCCCGUUUAAGGUGUGGCCGUUUGUGGCGAUUACGUUGUUGGGGACGGGGUCGUAUAUGUUGAUGGCUAGGAGUAGGGAUGGUUCUUACAUGACCCCCGACAUCACCAACCCCCAAACCCCCCGCCUGCCCGCCCCCAAGCAAGACCAUCCCCGCUUCUCCCCCUCCAACGUAACCGUCGUCUUCGUCCUCGGCGGCCCCGGCGCCGGCAAAGGCACCCAAUGCGCCAAGCUAGUCGACGAAUACCACUUCACCCAUCUCUCCGCCGGCGACCUCCUGCGCGCGGAGCAAGAGCGCCCCGGCUCCGAAUUCGGCGAGCUGAUCAAAGAGUACAUCCGCGACGGCAAGAUCGUGCCCAUGGAAGUAACCGUGCAGCUCCUCGAGAACGCCAUGGCGGAGGUAGUCGAAAGGGCUGGGGGGAAGGGGAAGUUCCUAAUCGACGGGUUCCCGAGGAAGAUGGACCAGGCGGAGAAGUUUGAGGAGAGCGUGGUGAAGGCGGCGUUUGUGCUGUUCUUUGAUGCGCCAGAGGGUGUGAUGAUGGAGCGGUUGGUGAAGAGGGGGGAGACGAGCGGGAGGGCGGAUGAUAAUGUCGAGAGUAUUAGGAAGAGGUUUAGGGUUUUCGUGGAGACGAGUAUGCCGGUUGUGGACAGGUUUGAGAAGGAGGGACGCGUGGUGAGGGUUAAGGCUACGCAGAAGCCGGAGAAGGUUUAUGAGGAUGUUAAGAAGGGGAUUCAGCCGUGGAUUGCGGGGAAGAAUUAGU